AACACAGGACAGUGAAUCACAUGCGAGAGGAGAGAGAGAGGCUAGCUCCUGGCCGUGGGGUGAGAAGAAGCGAUAAGGAUGAAAAUGUGAAAGAAUUCUUUUUUGGGGUUUGUGAAGAAAUUUUGCUGCUGGCAUUGUUGCAAAAUGGGGUUGAGGUUGGGGUUAGUUUGGGCCACCGACUGUGACAAUAUUAUGAGAAUUCUCCCCCCUACGCCUACAUGAAUGGGUCAGGACUCGCAGAAAGCAAAAGCCAAACACACACCCAAACAUCUCUCUACACACACACAGAGAAAGAGAGAAAGAGAGAAAGAGAGAGACUCAUGGGGCUAGGGGAAGCAGGCAUGUGGAUGAGUGGGGGACACACCAAACUCAUCAAUUUUUUAAAAUACCCUCCUUUCAAAUAAUUGAGUAUUGGACAGUGGACACACAACAGAGCGAGGGGGGGCUGGGGAGGAGAGAGAGAGAGAGAAAAAAGGGGAGGGCGACUGGGAAACACUCGAGAAUCAAUUUCACUCAUAUUUCCCCAACUUCCCCAGCCCUUUUUUCCAAUACCCUUUUCUUCUUCUUCUUCUUCUUCUUCUUCCUUGAAUCUUGGAAUUCCAUCUGCAUUUUGUUUGCCUAAAAGGGGAUUUUCGCCUUCUCUUUCUCUGUUGAAGAUGCCAAGGCCAGGUCCGAGGCCUUAUGAGUGUGUAAGAAGGGCUUGGCACAGCGAUAGGCACCAACCCAUCAGGGGUUCUCUCAUUCAGGAGAUUUUCAAGGUUGUGCAUGAGAUUCAUAACUCCUCCACCAAGAAGAACAAAGAAUGGCAAGAAAUGCUUCCUAUUGUUGUUUUCAAAGCUGAAGUAAUUUUGUACUCCAAAGCCAGUUCUGAGGCUGAAUAUAUGGAUUUUAAUACUCUUCGGGACCGCUUAGUGGAUGCCAUUAAUACUAUAAUAAGGCUUGAUGAGAGUACAGAAACUGGGGAAUUUCUUCAGCCUUGUAUUGAAGCUGCUCUCAAUUUAGGCUGCACACCCAGAAGAGCUUCAAGGAGCCAACGAAAUAAUAACUCUACGAACUAUCUAAGUUUUAGGAAUCAGGAGUCCCCUAGCAUGUCUCCUCCUCCCAUGGCAGUGAAGACUUCUCAAGGAGUUGUCACAAAUUCACAUUAUGUGCCCCAUUUUUGGAGUUUGGUAAAACCUGUGGCCAAUGGUUCAAGCCAUCCGGGCAUUAGAUUCCAAAGCCUUCUUCCUGCUAAUAACUCCACCACUGAAAAGUUUCCUGCUUCAAUAAGCCCCCACUGUUUGAUGGAAAAUGUUCUGCCAUCGAACAAGUUUUCCAUCUAUCCGCUGUAUUACAGCAGCGAUACUCAUCAGCAAGGACUGCAUUCUGGGUUCGAAAUCACUCCUAGGCCCAUUUCUACAUCUCUGGACUCUGCAAAUGGAGGUGUUAUGGAGAAGACUAGUGCCUCUGAUACAAUGGCAGCUAAUGGCAUCACCCAAAAUGAAGCAAGGUAUUCUCUUGGGAGCCCAUGUGAUCUAGCACUGCGGUUGGGCCCUCUCUCAGCUUCAAGCUCGAGCUAUGAACAUAAAAUUCCCCAUUGUAUGUUUAAAGUUGGUUCCGGAAGUUCACCAGAGGAAGCAAAAUCUGAUGAUUGUUCCCCUGUGAUGGAAAGGAAGCUUCCCUUGUUUCCUUUGGUUAAUCCAUACAGCCUAUCCGAGCACAAUCCAUGGGAGCGGAGUCUUGAGGGUGAAUGUGUCGAUGCAGAACCAAGGAUCAGAAAACGGAAGGCAGAUUUUAGUCAUUUAUCGAGGGAAAGACACUUUAGUUGGCUCUCAAAGCUUCCUUCUAGCGGAUUCACAGGCUGAAUCUUUAUCCAUUAAGAAACAAACCAGACUGAUUAUCAACAAAAGAAGCUGGAGCGGGCCAGUUCCUCAGAUACAAAUUGUUCGAAAGUGCAGUUUGGAUGAAAUGUAAGAAUGAAGUUCAACAACUGGAAUCUAAACUUGGCUGGAGUAAAGAAUAUAUGUGGAAAAAAAAGGGUCAAAGGCUGUCUGUUAGGCAACUUUAACAGUUAAAAAGAAUUAUCCUUUUGGAUUAAUGGAUAGGUUGGGUGGACCCAUGGAGAUUACUUUAAUUUUAGAAGUGGGUGAAGGGUUGAUAAACAAGCAACUGAGUGAGGUUACUGUCCGAGCAAAUGGGGGACAGAGAGGUAUUGAGUCAACAAGCUUAAUUAUCAUAUUUUUGGGGCAAUAUGUUUUUGGUUCUGUGGGUCCUUUUUAUCUUUGUUCUUUUUGGUAAAGGGCUGAAUUGAUCAUUGAAUGUCUGGAUGGAAGUCUCUGCCUUCAACUUUUAAUGAGUAGUGACAUUGGUUCUCUGUGGGGUCAAAUAGAUAGUUCUAGUUUUAUCUAUUGUUAGUUAAGAAGACAAAGCUUGCUGCUUUUAACUAAAUUUGCUUUAUCAAAUUAGAAAGAUGCUUAGAGAGAGAUGUAGAGAUUCAAAUGGGAUUAAGUAGGAAAAGUGGGGGCAAUUUCUUCCACAAGAUUUCAUCGAUACGAUGCUUUUAGCCAUGUUCCAUAAGAUGCCAUAUUCUGCUCCUUUCCCACCAGUCAUUAUGUAGCACUUUUUGUCACGUAUGCUAUCCUGCAUUCACUGUAUGAAUUAAUGCCCAUUCCAACGGGAGAUUUUAUGAAAUUUAGCGAUGACUUGUUACUCCCUA